AUGGACUUCUUGGAUUUCGACUGUAACACUCACAAAUGGACCGCUAAAUCAUUCUCAGCAGAACCAAUCAAAAAGCUAUGGGACGGACAACAGAUGAAGAACCACGACUACAGUGUUUUCCUCAUAACUAAAUGCACCAAAAUGAUUGAACUCAUAACUCUCAAGUCCAACCCAUCAACAGAUCUCCACGUAUUUGCCAACCCUCUGCAAACGACCAAUGACGCUGUCCUCUGUUGUCACUUGACCACAUCAGACCCCACGGUGAAGACGGUGUUUUUGAUCGGCAAUGGGGCAACUCAUGUGUUGAAAGCCCUGAUCUCUCUCAGUAACACCCACCUCACUUACGGAUGUGCUGUACAAUCGGAAGGCUUCAAUAUCUCAAUGUACUGGAAUGGAAAUACUCUUGAUGGACAACACAUCUAUCGCACUUUUUGGGAAAAGACUCUACCAGCCAUUUUUGGAUUCAUUGCUGUUAUUGCGCUCCUUCUCUGCUUAAGCAUUGCAAUUAUAUUUUGUCUAAAAUACGUUAAAAGACGGCCUCUUCCACCUCCACCUCCACCAAGACCAGAAUUGACACAACAGUUUGAGCGUUUUAUCGAGAGUUCCACUUUGUAUCCUGACAUAAGAAAUUAUUUACUCUCUUUCAUCUACGGCACAAACACUCCAGAACACCACAGAGACAGCUAUGACCAGUGGUUGGAAAUGAUGGAGCGUCAAAACAGCGUUGAUCCUGAGUUCUAUCCAGCACAUCGACAGGAAGAACUUUAA